AUGAGAGCACCUCCUCCACAAAGGAAGUCAAAGAGUAGGUAUUUUGCGCCGUAUUUCGUCAAUAUCCGAGAGUUACUUAGAUUCCGUAAAAUAAAAGCAUUUUGGAAUCGCCAAAAGCUAUUUAAAAAGCAAUUUGAGAACCUGCACCAAGUAUACCAGCAGAGAUAUAAUAGCUCAAUAGAUAGCCACCCCGAUGGACAAGUUGCCCUUUGUAAUCAUGAAAACUUGACUCAGAUAACGCCGAUUUCGGGGAUACGCAUUGAAGAUAUGUGUUGUUUAAGCUCAACACAUGAAUCUCAAUCAGCAGACAAAAAACCACUACUAAUAGCGACAUUUCCAAGAGGAUGUAAUAGAUCACCUACAGUACGCAUAUUAAAACGGAAUAAAUGGUCAUGGCUACCCAUCAGUAAAAGAAAAUAUAAACUGUCAUUCUUUAACAACGAAAUUUUUGAUCCGCAACUCCAUAGCAAGAGUAUAGAGGUAAAAUCCCACACUUGUGCCAAUACAGUCAGAAUGAUUAGAAAAUAUGCCCAUGAGAAAGCAAAUGUUAAAAUUAUCUUUCAUAACAGAAAUAUCAUAAAAUCCAAAUUUCUGGAUGGGCAUGAAGACGCAAUCAGACCACCAAGUUAUAUUGAAUUCGGAAAUAACCAUACAUUACGUAUUGAAGACUUCAGGUCUCUAAAACGAAAACGUCCAAGGAAAAAUACUCACAAACAAUCAUACUAUCAAACAAUUAGAUGA